AUGAGAUCAUUCCGUGGACUUGCGAACUACUAUCGCAGGUUCAUAAGUUACUACUCCGCUAAGGCCGCUCCACUGACUGAGUUGUUGAAGAAGAAUAAGUUGUGGGUUUGGAGUGAGAAGGGCCAGAGGACGUUUGAAAGUCUCAAGGCCGCGAUGACAGAAGAGCCGGUCUUGGCGCUACCCGACUUAUCAAAGACCUUCGAGGUACAUACUGAUGCAUCAUAUUUCACCAUUGGGGGAGUCUUAAUGCAAGAUAGGCACCCAAUAGCAUUUGAGAGCCACAAACUCAAUGAGAUCGAACAACGCUACAUUGUGCAAGAGAAAGAGAUGACUGCCUUUGGAAGGAGCAAUGUGGUGGCUGACUUACUGCGUGGGAAGGCCGAUCUUGCUACCAUUACUAAUGCUCAUUGUGACAUACAAGAUUCUAUCAAAGAUCGCAUGCAACACAAUAUGGAGGCCAAGAAGCUUAUGGAGUUGGCUUACCAAGGCAACACAAGGCGCUUUUGGGUGGAAGAUGUCUUUUUUCUUACUGUCGGACGAAGUGUCGAUGUACCCAAGUUUGACUCUAUCAGGCGGCAAAUCAUUAAGGAGAGCCACGACACGCUGUGGGUUGGGCAUUCGGGGAAGCGAAGUACGAGGGACAAGGUGGAGCAAAGGCAAUCGGGAGGGCUACUAGAACUACUACUUGUGGCAGAAUGCCCAUGGGACAGUGUGACCAUGGACUUCAUGACUUCCUUACUGAAGUCCGACAGGUAUGGAACAAUCAUGGUCGUGGUGGAUAGAAUCUCGAAGUAUGCUACCUUCAUGCCCGCCACAGUCGGUAGCACUGCAAAGGAGGUUGCUCAAUUGUUCUUCAAGAAUGUUGUGAAGUAUUGGGGGCUGUCGAGGCAUAUUAUUAGUGAUCGAGAUCCCCGCUUCACUGGGAACUUUUGGAGAGAAUUGUUCGACAUACUUGGCACGGAGUUACACUUCUCCACUAGUUUCCACCCACAAACAGACGGCCAGACGGAGCAAGUUAAUGCCUUAUUGGAGUGUUAUCUUAGGCAUUAUGUAAGUGUGUAUCAAAAGUACUAUGCUAGGCUCCUUGAUAUGGCACAAUUUUCUUCCAAUCUGCAAUGGAGCGAGUCCACUGGGCGCACACCAUCUGAGUUGGAAACUGGCCAACAACCCCAAAGUCCGCACUUUCUACUGGUUGCUUUUCAUGGAAAGAGUUUGGGAACCUACCAUCUUUCCAAGGGAUGGGAGCAACAGCUCGACACUGCCAAGUCCUACUUGGACAAGGCAGCCUAA